AUGCAAAUGCAAACUGUGAUAAAAUCGCACUUGUCGUUGCGGAUGUUCUUAUUUUUGUUGGUAAUGAUUAGCAUGAUCGCCUUCUGUGCAAUGGAUCAGCAUGUGCUGAUUGAUAAAGAACUGGAAUACGAUUCACUGCCGUGUUGGUGCGAGCAUUCGAAGCACAAACACACGCGUCAAUCUGUUUACCAGCUGGCAGAGAUCCAAGAAAACGGGUCCUUAAAAUUUAUCAAUUUGGACAAGUUCCGGAAAACGCUGAGGUCAAACGAAUUCGUCGGACAACGUAAAGUAGCCAUAAUCAGUAUCGUGGGGACGUACCGAAGCGGCAAAUCGACACUUCUGAAUAUCUUGUCUCGAUAUCUAGCAUGCAGUAGCACGACCACCGGAAGUCACAUCGAUACAAGAGAAUGGUUGUAUGAAGACACUUCGGUGAUACCGCGCUAUUGCCGGAAACGACUUUUUGAGACAUCAUCCGCUCAGUUUGUCUGCACUAAAGGCAUGUGGAUCACGGCACAUCCCUACCUGAUGCCUAAUGGGUUGGCGGUGUUCCUCGUUGAUACCCAAGGGCUUUUUGAUAACCAUCUCAACAGCAGCAAAACUGACUCGGAACUCUUCUACGCUUCUACUCUGCUUUCUUCCACAACGAUCAUAAACACCAAACAAACUCUGGACCGGGCACUGACGAAUCUUCUUGGAGCUCUAACCGUGAGGCUUCGAAAUACGAUCGAUAACAGUGGGAAUUCGAUACCAUCUGAUCAGCCAGUGAGCACUCUGUUAGAAUCCCGAAACAAACGACUGCUGCAAGAUAUUUUAUUUGUGAUUCGUGAUUAUCACCUUGCUGAAAAAAAUCCGGAUGUGUACAUGCAGGGAAGCGGAAUAUUACAUUUCGGAUAUUGUUAGUUUUAAGCUUAUUAAGGCUAUAUAAGCAGCAAUGUACAAUAAUUCGACUGUAUCAUGA